ACUGACAGCUGCUUCUAGAGAGUCAUGUUAGGAAUGUAAGCCUUUGCCUAGGUGAAGAACCGGCAAAUUGAACCACAAAAGGACCUAGUUGGAGUUCUGUUGUUAAAAAGAAUGUUGUUCUGGCUGCCAUUAGAUUAGAUUGAGGUGUAUAAAUAGGGAAGUAAGAUUAAUCUAUGUAAAAAAGUCAUUAGCAAAAAUGUGACAGUGGUUGACUAGGUGGCUGAUGGGAGUGUCUGCUGCUGCAAGGUGACUGGAACGGAGAGGUUCUGAGCCAUCUCAUCGCAGAGGCGCAGAAAGACUAGCCUGCUGUGACUGAAUGAAGCUAGCAGAAGCCAGGACUCUGGAACACUUUCUGCUGCCUGUGGAUUUUCUGAACUGACAGUUUACCAGAAAGCUCCAGCCACUGCACAGUUUCUUCCAAUCUACCACUGUUAGACACUUCCUGCCCUCCAUCCUUUCCUCUUGGAGAGGAGUAGCAGGCAACGUCAGUAAAGAGUCUCUCACCUCGACUGUUGUGGUUGCCCUUAUCAUCAUGCCGAAGAAUAAAGGCAAAGGAGGCAAAAACAGGCGCAGAGGUAAAAAUGAAAAUGAAUCUGAAAAAAGAGAGUUGGUGUUUAAAGAAGAUGGGCAAGAGUAUGCCCAGGUGAUCAAAAUGCUGGGAAACGGACGGUUGGAAGCAAUGUGUUUCGACGGUGUAAGGAGGCUGUGCCACAUCAGAGGAAAGCUGAGAAAAAAGGUUUGGAUAAAUACCUCAGACAUUAUAUUGAUUGGUCUGCGAGACUAUCAAGAUAACAAAGCUGAUGUGAUCUUGAAGUAUAAUGCAGAUGAAGCAAGAAGUCUGAAGGCAUAUGGAGAACUUCCAGAACAUGCGAAAAUCAAUGAAACAGACACAUUUGGUCCUGGGGAUGAUGAUGAAAUCCAGUUUGAUGAUAUUGGAGAUGAUGAUGAAGACAUUGAUGAUAUCUAAGCUAACCUAAGCAUGCUACAUCCCAAGUUUUCUGAAGAUUGUUUUGCAUACUUGGGAUCUUGACCUUCAGCUGUUAAGUAAAACUUCUUUUAGCAUGAGUAUGACUUGUUAAAGCAGAUUGAUGUAUUUUUAUUUUUUGAAGUAUUAUAUUUCUUUGAAAACCAAAGAUGUUAUCGUAAGUGACAUGUUAACCCUUUGUUCUUAUAGAUGUAACUGAACUUAGGGGUAGAGCAGUGUGCACUGUUGGGACCGCCUUUCCAUUGGGACGCUUCAUUUCUGGCACGUGGGUGCUUUGUGUCAGCACUUCUGCCUGAAGCAUCCUGGGCUGAAAAUGCCCCAGUUCCAGCACAUCUGCUUCAGGCGCUUAUGCCUUGAGACUGGAGUCAGAUUUCGACAUUUGUAGUCAGAAUGCAGCUGU